UUUGGCUUUUCUUUUCCGCUUUGCAACAGCAAAUUGCUAGUUGUCAUUAGUUUUUGAUUACGACUGAUUAAUUUGUUUUUGUCUUCAUCAUCAUUUUAGCCGUUUCGACCAUUUCCAUCGUGUCGACCGCGCGCUAGUUCGCUGGCCAUUCGCUUCCUCACCAGCUGAUGAUCAGCAUGGCGUGCAGCUGCAGGAGUCCCUUCUCAGCUGAGCACCCUGAUAAUUUACGUGUUCUGGAGUUGUACUCCGGGAUUGGUGGGAUGCACUUCGCAUUAAACGGGGCCCUGGAGCGUCUGCAGACCGAUGGUGGGGCUCCGAGAACCGUCGGGAAUGAAAGUGCGAACAUCAAAGUGCGAGCUGUGGAUAUCAGUCCAGCCGCUGCCCGUGUCUAUGCCCGUAAUUUCCCUAAAACCCCCGUCCAACCGAUGGAUAUCCGGGCACUCCGGACGGAGGAUUUCGAAAAUUUAUGGAUGCUAACCAUGAGUCCGCCCUGCCAGCCGUUCUCUAGAAAUGGCAAAUUUUUAGACGUGGAUGAUGACCGAUGUGAAUCGUUUCUGUUUGUUCUGGAUCAGUUAUCGCGGGUUAAUAGGCCUCCUUCGUUUGUUGUGAUGGAAAAUGUUAAAGGUUUUGAAAUUUCCACGGCGCAUACCCAACUGGUCCAAGUUUUAACAUCGCGGAAUUAUCACAUAAAGGAAUUUUUAUUGAAUCCAGUAGAUUUCGGUUUUCCGAAUUCCCGACUUCGUUAUUAUCUCACUGCAGCCCAUUGUUCAUCGCCUGAUACAUGCGAUAAUAUGUCAGGAUGCCGUACCGCGGUUCCCACGUCCCAGGAACGAUUGGAACAGAGUAUUGAGGAAUGAACCCAUACCGGCAGUCCAACGCAGAUUCCUUGGACUGAAGUGGAACGUUCCUGUUUAAUACCGAUCGCCACACUCGCGCAGCAUAUUGCGGUUAUGGAUAUUAAACAUCCUCAAAGCACAACGACGAACUGUUUUACAGCAGGUUACGGCCGCUAUUUGAAGGGUACCGGCUCGGUAUUCUGCCCGUUCCCAAAAGAAAAAUUUGAUGAUCUGAUGCGAAAUGUCAUCGAUUCCUGCGCGGAUGAGCUGAAAAAACUGGCCUUGACGGAUAUGAAAUUGAGAUUCUUUAGUCCCGCUGAAAUUGCCUGUCUUAUGGGAUUUCCGAAGGGAUUCGUAAUUCCGGAAGAUUUGUCGAACCGUCAGGCAUGGAAAUUACUGGGGAACAGUUUGAAUGUGCACAUCGUGUCUCUCCUCAUGUAUUUGCUGUUGACCAGUGAAUAACGUCAGUGAAAUUUGUUUGAUUUGCCCUUGUUUUUACAAGCUCCUGUGGUACAUUUGGGUUGUUGUUAGUUUAAGAUAUUUAGACUUCUUUGAUGAUUUUUAUUGGCAUAAUAAUUCUGUGUUUUACUUGCACAGUUGCACUAACUACAUUGAAGUGACUAAGAAAAACUCGUGGAUGCGCUUCCAGUUGCCUAUUGGUUGUUUUAGAAUUGUUUGUUACUGUGCAGUACUGAAAUUUCUUUAAACUGUUAUCCACGGACAUUUUGGUUUUGAACUGUU